AAGCGUAGAGAUUUGAGAACAGAUCCCCACAUUUCUUCGGAGCGUCACCGGAAAAAAAAAUGCAGAUUUUUGUCAAAACCCUUACGGGAAAAACCAUUACCCUAGAGGUCGAGAGCAGCGACACCAUCGACAAUGUCAAGGCCAAAAUUCAGGACAAGGAGGGCAUACCACCUGAUCAACAAAGGCUGAUAUUUGCUGGGAAGCAGCUAGAAGAUGGACGAACCCUAGCAGACUACAACAUCCAGAAAGAGUCCACUCUCCACCUGGUCUUGAGGCUCAGGGGUGGAACCAUGAUCAAGGUGAAGACCCUGACAGGAAAAGAAAUCGAGAUCGAUAUCGAACCAAACGACACCAUUGAUCGGAUCAAGGAACGGGUUGAAGAGAAAGAAGGCAUCCCUCCUGUUCAACAAAGGUUGAUCUACGCGGGGAAGCAGCUUGCGGAUGACAAAACAGCGAAAGAUUACAACAUAGAAGGCGGGUCUGUUCUUCAUCUGGUUCUUGCUCUUAGGGGUGGUGGAUCUCCUCAUCAUCUCUAGGCAAGAGAGAGCCAUAUAUAACACAUUUUCUUGUCCCGGUAACAUCUUGUUUGUUUGGUUGGAUUUGCCUUGUGUGAUUUGUGUUUGGAGUGGAGGGGAUCAUCACCAUCAUCAUCUUAAGUCCAUGGAUAUGUUAAAAAAACUUGAUUUAUAAUGUGAUGGAGUCCCACAUCGACCGUGGGGAGGAAUCUGGGACCUCUAUAUGAGGGAGGCUCAACCCUCCACCCUUGAGCUAUGUUUUGGAUAGAGUUAGGACCCAAACUCUAUCAUAAUUAUCUGCAAAUCC